UCUGCGCCACUGCCUGCUUGCUCCACCAGGCGCAUGGUGGUGCCUGACGCAAGCCAAGGAGUGCUGUGUGACCCCCCACUUGGUGCCCUGCGCCGUGCAUGGUUGCACCCUGCCUUCCUGCUUCGCCCAGCCUCACCGCUGAGCUGGGUGUUUGGGAAACCAGCUGGCUGAAGUUUGAGGUGCUUGGGGUGGACUGAGUCUUUCCACAAGCGCCUGGAGGAACUCGGGGUGUGGGGGGGGGUGGAUGAACUGCUCUUGUCACACACCAACCUGGAGGCACAUGCCUGGGGACCUCUCUGAGGACAUCACUGCUCCACAAUGGUGUUUCAAGUACUUUGAGAGUUUCUGCUGGCCAAGCUCAGCAUCAGCAAUGGAUGGAGGCGCCGGGCAUCAUCUCUGGAGAUAUAGCAUGCGCUGGAUGUGCUAGACCACAGAGGUUUGGACCUCGUCUCCUCCUCCUCUUUGUCCCCUCACUUGCCUUUUUUUUUUUUUCCCUCCUCCCCCCACCCCAGCUUCCAUCCUGCAUGUGAUUUGAUUUGUGAGCUACCCAAGCCAGGCAAGGAUCUGCCAAGCAGGGAGUGGGCAGCCAGUGCCACAGGGCACCAGGGCAGCCAGAUGUCUUUCAGGAGUUUCAGCGGCCAGAGAUUAAAAAAGCAAACAAGCAGGCAACAGCUGGACAGGGCAGACCUGAUGCUAGUCAUGCUCUUCUUGCCUUUGCUGGCCACCGUGGCAGAAGGGCUGAGCCUGCAGCCACUCAGGAUGCGGCACCUGGGAGUGUGCCCCAACCAGCUCAACCCCAACCUGUGGGUGGACGCCCAGAGCACCUGUGAGCGGGAGUGCCACACUGACCAGGAUUGUGAGGGGUUUGAGAAGUGCUGCACCAAUGUCUGUGGGCUGCAGAGCUGUGUGGCAGCUCGCUUUGCUGAUGGAAGUCUCUCGCCGCUGGAGCUAUCUCAAGAAGCCUCCUGUGAGAGCUUUGUGUGCACACAGCAGGGCUCAGACUGUGACAUCUGGGAUGGGCAGCCCAUCUGCAAGUGCAAGGACCGGUGCGAGAAGGAGCCCAAUUUCACCUGCGCCUCAGAUGGCCUCACCUACUAUAACAAGUGCUACAUGGACGCCGAGGCCUGCAUCCGGGGAAUCAGCCUCACCAUGGUGCCAUGCAAAUACAUUUUCACCUGGCCCAACACCAGCCCCGUGCCCCAGGAGACCACAGCUCGCCCCACGCCAGGGGCUGGCCCUGAGGUGCCCAUUCCCCCUGCCCUCUACAACAACCCCUUCCACCAGUCCGUCUACAUGGGCGGCACAGUCAGCUUCCACUGUGACGUCAGCGGACGGCCUCAGCCUGACAUCACAUGGGAGAAGCAGAGUGACCACGCGGAGAACUUCAUCAUGAGACCGGAUCAGAUGUAUGGGAACGUGGUGGUGACAAACAUCGGACAGCUGGUCAUCUACAAUGCUCAGUAUGAGGACUCUGGCAUCUACACCUGCACUGCAAGGAACUCUGCUGGGCUCCUCCGAGCCGACUUCCCUCUCUCUGUCAUCAAACGGGAGCCCAGCAGUGGGGAGCCACGGCUGGGCAGCACCCAGCCCUUCCCCAACACUGAGUGCCUCAAGGAACCCGACAAGCGUGACUGCGAAGCCCAGGAGGUGCGCUGGCAUUUUGAUGCCAAGAAAGGCUCCUGCCUCACCUUUCGCUAUGGUGGCUGUGGAGCCAACCAGAACCACUUUGAGACAUACGAGGAGUGCCGAUCAGCCUGCGUGAGCAAUGCUGUCCACACCUGCCUUCUGCCUAUGGUGCAAGGCCCCUGUAAGAACUGGGAAGCCCGCUGGGCCUAUAACCAUCUCAUGAAGCAGUGCCAUUCCUUUGUCUAUGGUGGUUGCGAAGGCAACAACAACAACUUUGACAGCAAGGAGACCUGUGAGGAUGUCUGCCCCUUCCCCAAGAACCUGCAGUGCAAGACCUGCCGCCUGAAGAACAAGAUGGUGCUGAGUUUGUGCCGUAGUGACUUUGCCAUCGUAGGACGGCUCAUGGAGAUCAUCGAGGAUCAGGACUCUGGCAUCGCCCGCUUUGCCCUCGAAGAUGUCCUCAAGGAUGAGAAGAUGGGCCUCAAGUUCUUCAACAUCAAAUACCUGGAAGUGACCUUGACUGACAUGGAUUGGAACUGCCCUUGCCCCAACAUGACCACGGAUGAUGGCCCACUCAUCAUCAUGGGCGAGGUACACGAUGGUAUGGCCAUGCUGGACCCCAGCAGCUAUGUCCGAGCAGCCAAUGACAAACGUGUGAAAAAAAUCUAUGAGUUGAUUGAGAAGAAAACCUGUGAUCUGCUGAACAGGUUCCAGGACUAGGGGAGGGCAGGGGGCAGCAGGGACACAGACAUGAAGGCAGGUGUCACCCCAGGCACCCUCUCUGGCCAGCCACAUGCACUGCUAUAGACUUGACCUCAAGAGGGGGGAAGCAGUCUGGCAGAUCCCACAGAUCAAUGUUUUUAUUUAGUAAUUAUUAUCAUUUUGUAAUUCCCUCUCCUAUGCUGAGCUCUGGUCCAGCCCAACUCCCUUGUAAUUUAUCUGUCUGCGUGCCUUCCUUGCGUACCCUUCCAGCCCAGACACUACCAAUAAAAGAUUGGGGUAGGCUGUA